AUGGCUUCUCCGACCCAGGACGAUAGCUUGGUGUUUGCAGACGACACCAGAUGGGGUUCCAAACAUGCUAGUGGCGCCGAAAUACCAGACACGUCCAAUUUUUCUCCCAUUUCAGAGAGGACUUUUGAGCCUACUCAAAUCGAUCAAAGUACUAGCCCAGUGUUUCGAGAACGGAGCUAUUCUUCGUCGGAUGAGAACGAUUUGUCUCUUUCAACCAUUCCACAACAUGCCUUGGGCGACGAGGAUACAGAUGGCACUAUCAGCACCGCGUCUGGACCAGCUCUAGCGUCUCUAGAAGGUCGUGAAGACUUUGAACAUGAACGAGACCCACAAAGGCGUCUGGAGGAGCAAUUGAAUUAUAAAGACACUCAAGUGAUCCCGGAAAGACGCCGUAAAGCUUUGUCUGUAAGGUCUUUAAUAGAUGCAGACACGCAAGUCAUUGAGAGGGAACCUCGGAUUGAGCACAAUACGAACAUUGCGAAGGACACAUUAAUUGUGAACCAGAUAUCCAUUCAAAAAGAAAAGAACAUUGAAGAAGAGAUGCCAGUACCCGAGACUCAAGCUGAGGUUGAUAACAUUGCAGAUACUCAGAUCAUUCAAGCCGGGACCGAUAAUCUGGUCAUUCACCAACAAGGAAACUCUGACACACAACUCAUACCGAUUACAGAAGCACAUAUUCCCAGGUUUCCCACUGAUACUCAGAUUAUACAGAGAAGACCUUCCGAUUCCCAAAUUAUACUAAAAGCUCUGUCAGAUACUCAGGUCAUUCAGAGACAACUUUCAGACACUCAAAUAGUUCAGAAAGGCUUACCGAACACUCAAAGUAUACAAAACGGCCCUUCAGACACUCAAGUUAUACAAAAGGACCUGUCAGACACUCAAAUCAUACAGAAAUCUCUGGAAAAGGAGAUCAUGCUGAAACCCUCCUCAGAAUCUCGCAGUGGAGACUCAAAGGCAUCCAAUCCAGAUACCACUGUGAUUGACACGCCAAAGAACUCUCUGGAGGAUUCUUCGGCUUUAUGGAAACAUACCCAGCCAAUUACUCAACUUCCAGAUCUUCAUCCAGACACGAUUACCCAGGUGGUAUCGUCACCAACCAAAGUUUCAGAGUUCGAGCCUGAUACCACGCUUCUCCUAUCCCCAGCUAGACCCUUGGAUGAACCGACAACACAAGUGCUCAACACUCAAGAAGACCUCUUCGAUGAGAUUUCUGAGGUGGAUCUUGGCCAUAAACCUGUUUACUCCAGUGGUCAGAACGAGGAAAAGCUCCAAUCGCAGCUCAGCAUAGUCAGUAACGACGAAGACAUGCGCCUUGAAGAGAAUAAUAUGCUAUACGAAGAUAGUGUAUUUCAACACAAAAGGAAACGAAGACGCAUGGAGUCGGAGCUGGAAACCUACAUUAAUGACGAAGAAGGUCAUGGAGACAAUAUGAAAUCCCCCACUCCUGAGAUUCAUGAUAGUAUUAACGAAGAAUUUCAAGAGAAACCUACGGCUCAUAAAUUGGCCUGGAGCCAGUCGUCUUCAGAAUUGGAAGAUGUUAGUCAUGAUGUGCAAGACCUCGAUCUCAAUGCGUUCACUAAUAUGGAAGAUUACGAUGAGAGCAACGACAAAAUACUUGUCCCUACCAAGCGUAGACGUAAUGAGAUUCCGGCUACUCAGUCGCAGAAAAGUCAGUCACAGAUCAGUCAUUUGGAGAGAAGUCAGCAAGAAAAAAGCCUGUCAGAGGUUGAGGCGAAGACGCACACUUCAAAAAUGGACCUAAGAGAAGAAUAUCUGGACACUUUGGAUCUUCAAGCCAUCCAAAACCCUAAGGCAGUAUGGGCCUUCUCACAGUUCAAACAUUACCCAGCGAGAGUACUAGAAGCUGGAGAAACGAUGUCACUUAUCGAGUUUGCAGACCUCGCUCAAGUGGAAAUGAAAAACACAGACAUAUAUCUCAUGGACUUGCGAGUAGGCGAUGUCGUCCAUUUGAUUCAAAACUUUGGUGAAUAUAUUGUCACUGGAUUGGCAGAAGUGUACCCAGAUGCUGAUUUUCGGUGCAUAAGAGGUUACGACACUGUGUAUGUUACAAAAAAAGGUCGCCAUAAUGCUGGAAAGGAAGUCCAGGUGCCGAUAUCCGAUGUUUACAUGGAGGUCGGCGAAUGGGCUAGUCACCAGCAAAAGCACCAUAUUUUCCAUGAACAGAUCGAUCUAAUCCUGGAGAACUUCGGCGUGGUGAAAGGUCUUAUUGGUACACCUCAUGAAGUUCAGGAUUACCCUCUUUGUGUGAAAACUAGUCCCAAAAAGCUCACGGACGCUAAUGGGAAGUCAUUGCGGUCAAAUCUUUUUCAAGGAAUGGUGUUUUUUGUCACAUCUAUUGAAGGUGAAAGAAAAGACAAAUUGGCUGAGGUGAUCACCACCAAUGGUGGUGUAUUCAUCGAUGACGAAAUCAAGCACUACACCAUGUUAGAGAGGUCUGCAGAUGGGAGACUUCUGCUUUCUCUGACGAAGUUUGACGGCUUUCACUUUGGUGCACUUCUCGCAGAUGGGUAUUCUCGGAGUGCUAAAUAUCUCCAGGCAUUAGCAUUGGGCUGGCCAAUCUUGGCCGAGAGUUUUAUUGAGCAAGCUAUCAGCAAUCCUGACAUGCUUGACAAUUGGCAAGUUUAUCUCCUUCCUGCUGGACAGUCUCUUUUCACGAACGGAGUCAAGAGUUUGGAGAUAUUCGACUUCCGCAUGAAUUGUGCUAAGGAAAUCUCUAUGAAUAGCCAGCUUGGCAACAACUUACACUUGUUGGCAUCAUAUAACUUGGUGGUCUUGAACAAAAAACAAGAUGCCAGAACUCUUGAUAUGUGUGGGUUUAUUUUUCAUGCCUAUGGAGCUCAGUCCCUCAAAGAGUGUCUGAAUGUACUGGAGAUCAAAAGCGUUGUUCAAAAUCGGAAUCUUAAGAACAUUUUGGUUUAUGACAACGCCGCCAAAGAGUACACUGCAUCACAGACAAAAAAGACAGUACGGCGGUCCCAGAAACUGAAGCACACCACUAUUGGAAUUAUAGACUGGGAGUGGGUGGUUCAAUGCGUUAUCAGUGGAUAUGUAUGGCAGCCAAGUACGACAAUCGCAUUAUAG